AUGAAAGCAAUAGAGGCUCGUCCUUCUUCAUCUCUUUCUCUCCAUUACUUCACUCUCUCCUUCUCCUUUCUCAACCAGAAAGCAGUAAUGGAUUCUCCAAAUCCAUUUACUCAGUCUUCCGGGUUCCUGGAUCUUUUAACUAGCCAACAGUGUGAUCCUGUCUCACAAAACGUAGCUUUUGGAUCUUCAGAAGUUCCUUUUUUAAGUUCCCAGUUCACUAAUGAUCCAACUGAAGCUGAAGAGACAACUGAAGACAGAAGAGGCAGAAAGAAGUGGUCACGGAAGGAAGAUGUGGUGCUCAUAAGUGCUUGGCUUAACACAAGCAAAGAUCCGGUCACCGGGAAUGAGCAAAAGGCUGGCUCCUUUUGGAAAAGAGUCGGAGCUUACUUCAACGCAAGCCCUCAGCUUGUUGGUAUGGCAGAUAGAGAGGUUGGCAACUGUAAGCAAAGGUGGUCCAAGAUCAGUGACCAAGUCUCCAAGUUUGUUGGCUCCUUACGUGCUGCAACAAGUCAGCAGUCAAGCGGGCAGAAUGACAAUGAUGUAAUGAAGCUUGCUAAUGAAAUCUAUCAUCAUGAUUACCGUGCCAAGUUCACACUGGAGCAUUGCUGGAGGGAGCUAAAAUAUGAACAGAAGUGGCUGGCAACUUUCGGGACUGAUAACAGCAAGUCAAAAAGAAGGAAGUUUGAAGAUGGUUCUCAAGCUUAUGUCCAGUCAAAGUCGAGCCAUGUAGAUGAAGAAGAGGCUCGUCCUGAAGGUGUGAAGAAGGCAAAGUCGAGGUUGAAGGCGCAACUGAGUGCCAAACAGAUGGAAGCUACCAGCAGCAACACUGUGGAGAAGUUGCAAGGUCUGUUGGAGAUAAGGAAGCAUGAUCAUGAACUGAAGAAGCAAGACUUUGAAAUGAAGGACAAGCUUAAUAAGCAACAUAUGUUGGAGGCUCUCCUUGCUAACAAAGAGCAUCUUAGUGAGACUGAAGUGGCUUUGAAGAACAAACUAAUAAUUGAUAUGUUAUCUUAA